GUCGUUUCUAACGCUGGUGCAAUUACUGCGAGCAAACCGUCCUGUUUUUUUUUUUUUUUUUUCUUUUCUGGCCUUGAACUUUUUUUUUUCUUCACUCUACUAAUCUCCAUCAUCUAAUCUUAACAAGGCCAGCAACUCUGACCUAUCCUCGCUCAUCGAUCUGAUAGAUUAUAUACUAGUAAUAGUAGAAGUACUUAAGAAAGGUUCUGCCAGGUUUUAUACUUCAAUAGGCAUUAUGGAGGACUCUUCGUUAAAGGAGCGUCUCCUGAAUUCGCAAAAGUCCUUCGACGGACUUUUGUCGCUGAUACCAGCCAGGAUGUAUUACGGCGAAGACACGAGCGACCAAUGGAAACGAAAGAAGCAGACCAAAGCUGAGGCUGCCGCUGCUCGACGUAAUAAGCUCGACCCUGAUAGUGCCCUAAACCGAAGUGUCAAAGAAGUCAUGGACGAACAAGCAUUGAAAAAGCGGAAGCGCAAUCAGAUGCAAGAUGGCAAUGACGAUGACGAUGACGACUGGUCGGAUAUGGAAGGGGUCGAGACUGAGAAGCCUGGUCAAGGGCUGAAGAAGAAGACGCAACAAGAUAGCAAGAAACAAAAGAAGGAAAAGCUAGAUGAGGAGCAAACCGAGCCGAACGAGACGGAGCGGCGGAAGCAAGAGAAGAGGGCCGCGCGAAAAGAGCGAAAGGCAGAGCGACAACGGCUGAGGGAAGAAGAAGCAGCCUUCCAAAGACAAACUAUCAAGGGUGUCAACAAGAUUAAGUUAGGGUCUAGAGAAACGAAGACCAGCUCAGCGCCAAAUGGUGAUGAUAUCACAGCCGCUGACGCUAGCACUGAGACUGACGAUGAGCAGCUAGAGGCAGAAAAAGAAGCUGAAGCUUCAGACAUCAAGCCUCUUGAUGUUACUGGUCUAGCUGAUGCUACCGAAGAUCAAAAUUCGGACUUUGCCCCUUCAUCUCCAUCGGAGCCCCCAUCCCCCGUAUUCGACGCCAACGGUACACCCGCCGACUCGACCGGCCAAACUUCGAGCACAACAACAUCUGUAUCAUCCUCUGCCCCCCCUGAAAAGCCAAAACAUAUCAAGAUUCCUCCUGACACUACUGCUCUUCGCGCACGCCUUGCAGCAAAGAUACAAGCACUCCGCGACGCGCGAAAAGCGGACGUGGACGGGAAGCCUAUACGCACGCGCCAGGAGCUGAUCGAAGCGCGACGCCAGAAGCAAGCGGAACGGAAAGCUCACAAAAAGGAGCUACGACAAAAGGCCAAGCUGGAAGAAGACCGCAAGCGCGAAGAGGCUUUAGCUUCUGCUCGCAACUCUCCAGGUAGUAUGCUCAGCCCAGCUAUCGAUCUUGAGAACACUAACUUCUCAUUUGGUCGCAUCGGCUUUGGUGACGGCUCUCAACUGUCCCACGACCUCUCACAUGUUCUAAAUAGCGCCAAGAAGAAGGGCCCGUCGGAUCCUAAAACAGCUCUUGAAAAGUUAGAACAUCAGAAGAAGCGUUUACAAGAGAUGGACGAAGCUAAGCGCAAGGAUGUUGAAGACAAGGAGCUUUGGCUUACCGCGAGGAGACGCGCUCAAGGCGAAAAGAUCAAGGAUGACGAGAAGCUACUCAAGAAGGCCGUCAAACGUAAAGAGACUGCGAAGAAGAAGAGUGGAAAGGAAUGGAAUGCCAGGAAGGAGGGCGUCGCCAAGGCAAUGAAGGACAGACAAAAGAAGCGAGAAGAGAAUAUUAGGAAACGACGUGAAGAAAAGCUCAUGGGCAAGGGCGGUAAGAAAAAGGGCGCUAAAAAGGCUAAGGGCAGAGCAGGAUUCGAGGGUUCAUUUAUAGGUGGUGGAAAGAAGAAAUAAGUAAGUAAUUAGGCGGUUAUCCCGUGACAGACCGUUGUCUCAGCCCUUUACUCUAGGCCUUUGGCAACAUGUAUAUACAGUAUGCUCCGGGCAGACUGGAAGUUGGCGUCCCUUGGUGUAUUAAAUGCUUUGGCCUUCCGUACUCUCAAUGCCACUAUUGCAAAAGUUCUGGAGUACUGUAAUGCUAUCUCACUUACCAUGGGGGCGUGAGUAGGGGGGGACGAAGUUUCAUUGAAGGGCAAAUAUGAACCCAGACGAGAUUGGACCACUAGUUCAACUAGUGGACUAUUCCAAGCCUCGGUCUGGGGCUUUUAACCACAUCGGCGUAACAGUAUCAAAAUAAGUUUUCUACCUCCCUACCUAGGGCAACUAAGGUUAGGUAGGAGGUACCUACCUACCUAUCUAAUAAUUCUUCCAACUUCUAUAGUUAGACAUCCUUGCUCGGCCACCUUGCCCAAGGCGAACGAUUAUGAUGGUAUACACCCGAUCUAGG